UUGAAGGUGUCCGAAUAAACAUUUUGGUUUGACUGUAUAACCAAGAAAAAAAAAAACAGCUGCAUACAUAAAUUCAGUUUUCAUCAAGCUGUUUGAGAAUGUGGUUACACUUUAUUUUAAGGUGUCUUUUGUUACACUGUAAUUAUACAUUUCAGUCUGCCUGUACAUCAGGGUUAGGAUUGCAUGCAAUUAUGCAUAGUUUAUCGUUAUGAUAAUAGUAAGUGCAUGUAACAAGGACGUCUUAAUAUAAAGUGUUACCAUGAAUAUUUCUCUCUCCAGUGUCGAUGAUGUCCUCCUCCGCUCGGAUCGCGCUCGCGACGCUCUUCAUCUGGGUUCUUCUUCUGUCAAAUCCCGCCGAUUCCAAGCGGAACCGAGGCGCGAUUCCUCACCCGGACAAGAACAACCCGAACGAGUCUGAGCAGCAGCAGCAGGCGGGCCCGGGACCGGGUCCGGGCCCCAGAAGCAGCAGCCGCGGCUCGGAGGAGGUUCUGGAGUCCAGUCAGGAGGCUCUGCACGUCACCGAGCGCCGCUACCUGAAGCGGGACUGGUGCAAGACUCAUCCGCUCAAACAGACCAUCCACGAGGAGGGCUGCGUCAGCCGCACCAUCAUCAACCGCUUCUGCUACGGACAGUGCAACUCCUUCUACAUCCCGAGGCACGUGCGCAGAGAGGAGGGCGCGUUCCAGUCGUGCUCGUUCUGCAAGCCCAAGCGCUUCACCACCAUGACCUUCACCCUCAACUGUCCUGACCAGCAGCCGCCGACGCGGAAGAAGCGCGUGCAGCGCGUCAAACAGUGCCGCUGCAUCUCCAUCGAGCUGGACUAGAAGCGAGAGCGACGCGUCAGAACACACGGAAGAGACGCGUCUGUCAGCGUCACACACUACAUAAACAAGCACCAUUUAUAUUCGCCUGCAAACAAACCAUGAUCUGGCACCAAGAUCUUUCAGAACGCGAAAGCAGUCAAAUGUGUCCAAAUUUGGACUAUAGUGCAAAACUGAAUCUAAAACCAGAGUUUUGAAUGAUUAAUACACGUGCAGUUUUAUGAGCUCUUUAAAUAAGAGAUGCACGUAUUAUUUGUAAAACCAAGUUUAACUGCAGGAUUAUUGAACUCCAAUAAUAAAAAAAAAAUCUAAAGA